AUGGCAUUGUCCCAGUCCUUCUUCUCCACCACGGAGCUGCUCCUGGCUGCCACCAUCUUCUGCAUAGUUUUCUGGGCGGUCAGAGCCUCAAGGACAAAGGUCCCCAAGGGUCUGAAGAGUCCCCCGGGGCCCUGGGCGUGGCCGGUGCUUGGACACAUGCUGACCCUGGGGAAGAGCCCGCACGUGGCCCUGGCGAGGCUGAGCCGCAAGUACGGGGACGUGAUGCAGAUCCGCCUGGGCUCCACGCCCGUGGUGGUGCUGAGCGGCCUGGACACCAUCCGGCAGGCCCUGGUGCGGCAGGGGGACGACUUCAAGGGGCGCCCCGACCUCUACAGCUUCACCCUGAUCUCCAAUGGCCAGAGCAUGACCUUCCACCCGGACUCGGGGCCCGUGUGGGCGGCCCGCCGGCGCCUGGCGCAGGACGCGCUGAAGAGCUUCUCCACCGCCUCGGACCCGGGCUCGGCCGCCUCCUGCUACCUGGAGCAGCACGUGAGCGAGCAGGCUCGGCGGCUCGUCGGCGAGCUCCAGCGACAGGUGACCCUCCAGGGCCAUUUCGAGCCUGCCGGCCAGCUGGUGGGCUCGGUGGCCAGUGUCAUCGGCGCCAUGUGCUUCGGGAAGAACUUCCCCCACAGCAGCGAGGAGAUGCUGAGCAUCGUGGCCAGCGGCAGCGACUUCGUGGAGAGCGCGUCCUCGGGCAGCGCCGUGGACUUCUUCCCCGCGCUCCGCUACCUGCCCAACCCCGCCCUGACGCGCUUCAAGAAGUUCAACGAGAAGUUCGUGCUCUUCCUGCAGAAGACGGUCCAGGAGCACUAUCGGGACUUCGACAGGAACAGUAUCCAGGACAUCACCGGUGCUCUGUUCAAGCACAGCGAGAAGAAUUCCGAAGACAACGGUGGCCUCAUCCCGCAAGAAAAAAUUAUCAAUAUUGUCAAUGACCUCUUUGGAGCCGGGUUUGAAACAGUCACAACAGCCCUCACCUGGAGCCUUAUGUUACUUGUGACAAAGCCUGAAGUGCAGAGGAAGAUCCAUCAGGAGCUGGACACGGUGAUUGGCCGGGAUCGGCAGCCUCGGCUCUCGGACAGAGCCCAGCUGCCCUACCUGGAGGCCUUUAUCCUCGAGGUGUACCGGUACACGUCCUUCGUCCCCUUCACCAUCCCCCACAGCACAACAAGGGACACCUCGCUGAACGGCUUCCACAUCCCCAAGGAGCGCUGUAUCUUCAUAAAUCAGUGGCAGGUCAACCAUGACGAGCAGGUGUGGGGGGACCCAGGCACGUUCCGUCCAGAGAGGUUUCUUACCGGCGACAUCAGCGUCAACAAGGCUCUGAGUGAGAAGGUGAUGCUCUUCGGCAUGGGGAAGCGGCGGUGCCUCGGGGAGACCCCAGCCAAGUGGGAGGUGUUCCUCUUCCUGGCCAUCCUCCUGCACCAGCUGGAGUUCAGUGUGCCACCAGGCGAGAGCGUGGACCUGACCCCCUGCUACGGGCUGGUCAUGAAGCCUGCCCGCCGCGGGCGCCUCCGGGCACACCUACGCUUCUCCACGUGA